CGUUCGUAUCUUUAUGAUAAUACAAGCCACUCAAAGCGAAUGCGAAAACGUAAAAAAUAAUAACGUAAUCAUGUCAGUUUCACAUGAACGACGAAAAUGUCUACACUAGCGCUGAUUGUAUCCCUGCUCAUAUCGAGUGCCUAUAGUGCGACGCUUACUGUCCAUGUUGAACAUCCGGCUCACGAAAUUGGUCCAGAACUUUUUGGAAUAUUCCUUGAAGAAAUCAAUCAUGCAUUAGAUGGAGGUCUUCAUGCUGAACUAAUCAAAAACAGAGGACUCAAUCCAAGAGGAACAAAUAAUCUUGAAGGUUAUGGCGCCGUGACUUCAGGCUCAGCACAAGCAAGUAUCAGCAUUUCAUCGGAUAAUCCCUUAAAUGAAGUGCUCAACACAAGUUUAAGACUCCAAGUUAACUCCCGAGUAACAAAUGGAGACCGUGUUGGUAUUCUAAAUACUGGUUAUUGGGGCAUUCCGAUCCGACCCGAUUACACUUUUUACAAUGCUUCGUUUUAUGCAAAAUCUGCAACGAAUUUUAAUGGUCCUUUGACAGUGACCAUUGAGUCUUCUGAUGGAAGCAUUAUUUACGCAUCAGCUGUCGUUCCACAGAUUUCAUCGACAUUCCAAAAAUACGAAGUUUCACUUGUCCCAACUGCUGCACUUAUCCAAUCUCCAACGUUAGACGUAGUUUUCGUGAUAUCGAUUGAAGCAACUGCCAGUGCAAUUAUUGACGAAGGAACUCAAAUCUUCUUCCAACUAGUAUCGUUAUAUCCACCCACAUGGCGAAACAAACCGAACGGACUAAGAAUAGAUAUUGCCGAAAAAUUAGCAGCAGCCAGACCUUCAAUCAUGAGAUUUCCGGGUGGGUCAUUUAUUCAGGGGAUUAAAGUAGGUGACGAAGUAAUUCGAUAUGUUUGGGAGGAGACUCUUGGACCAAUUGAAGAGCGACCAGGUUAUAUUGGCACAUGGGGCUACUAUGCGAGUAACGGAGUCGGUAUGUUGGAGUAUUUAGAGUUCGCCGAAGAGCUCAAUGCCACAGCAGUUAUUUGCGUCUAUUCUGGACUAGCAAAUGGUGCAUACAGUCAUCCUCUAGAAGAAAUAGGCGAAUUUGUUGAAAGUGCUCUGAAUGCAAUUGAAUAUGCUAUAGGUGACACUAGCUCAAAAUGGGGAUCAAUUCGAGCAGCCAACGGACAUCCAAAUCCGUUUCCACUGCCUUAUAUUGAAAUUGGGAACGAAGAUUAUUUUUCGCGCACUUAUAAUGAACGAUAUCCCUUAUUUUAUGAUGCUAUUAGAGCAAAAUUUCCUCAAAUUACUAUCAUUGGCUCAGAUUAUGCUGAAAGUCGGCCGGUACCUGUGCGAGAUGAUCACUAUUAUGUCGCCUUAGGUGGAUUUCCUCAGCGUCAUACUUUGUAUGAUGAUUGGCCAAGAGAUGGUUCGAAAGUGUACAUAGGAGAAUAUGCAACACGUGACGGUGACUAUAAUUAUACCGGUGAACUGGUCAUUCCUCAUCUUGGUGCAGCAUUAGAGGACGCUUCAUUUCUGAUGAGCAUGGAAAGAAACGCGGACCUGAUAAUUAUGUCGAGCUACGCUCCACUCUUAAGCAAUGUUAACGAUUUGCGAUGGACACCGAACGGGAUUUACUUCGACGGCCUUUCAAGUUACGCAACGCCGGCGUGGUGGGUUCAACAUUUGUUUAGCACCAAACGCGGAAAUAUUUACAUACCAAGUGAUUUUGAUGGCACAAAUGCAACAUUUUUCCAUUCCGCUGUUCUCGACACAGUGACGAAUACGAUUGUUAUUAAAGCGGUAAAUAAUGGAGCGACUGCUGUAAGUGUUGACACAGAUUUGAUGGGAAUAUGUCGUACGGACGGCGGAAAGGUUACUGUAUUGACUGGUGCCAGAUUUGACAGCAAUAGCUUACAAGUGCCGAUGAAAAUUUCGCCAAAAGAAUCAGCAUUCACAACUACCACCGGUGGAUUUACUUUCAAUGCACCAGCUUAUUCACUGACAAUUUUCGAAAUUAAAUUUACCGGUGAUGGGUCAUGUUCAGGUGGUGGCAAUGGUCCUCUGACCAACUAUCUCUUACUUAUGUUACUCGCCGUCACAUCAACAACAAUGUUAUUUUACACUACCAAGAUGUAAUGGAUUUGUUGCAGGUAUGAUUCAUAGAUAAGCUUUUUCUGUAGUAAAUUGAUGAAAAGUUCAAAUAAAUACGUUCUUACCACUGGUAAGUUACCACUA